AUCAUUAAACAGAAUACAAGAAUACAAAAUUUUAUUUAAACUGGCUUUAACUUAUGGGGAGCAUCUUCUUAUAUUUUAAAAUGUAUUCUUUGAACUAGCAUGCUCGUAGUUGUUGAAGAAUGGUUCCACAAUGCAAAUACUAUAGAAUAAUAUUAAUUGCUAUACCUGCAGCGUGGAUAAAUUGCAAAGCCACUUCAAUGGUUUCAUGCUAUAAAUAGCGAGCUUUCCAUGCAGAGGAUAUUCAAGUCUCUCACAAUUAACAAGAAAUUAUAUACAAAACUAUAGAGAUAUAUAGAAGGUAGCAAACUAAAAAUGAAAGCUACAUACUUGCUGGUUGCAUUCUUGGCUCUGGCCUCUUUUGCCUCUGCCUAUGAUCCCAGCCCUCUCCAAGACUUUUGUGUUGCUCUCCCCGACGGCAUUAAAGACGCUGUAUUUGUGAAUGGAAAAUUUUGCAAAGACCCUAAAGUUGUGGUAGCUGAGGAUUUUUUCAAGCACGUAGAUCCUGGGAAUGUUGUUAACAAACUUGGGUCAAAAGUAACUCCAGUGACAGUUAACGAACUAGCAGGACUCAACACAUUGGGUAUAUCACUUGCUCGCAUAGAUUUUGGACCUAAGGGUUUAAAUCCUCCUCACACUCACCCACGAGCCACUGAGAUAUUGAUAGUUAUUGAAGGAACUCUCUUAGUUGGAUUUGUGACUUCCAAUCAGAACAACACCAACCGUCUUUUUACCAAAGUGCUCAACAAGGGUGAUGUGUUUGUGUUCCCAAUUGGCCUCAUUCACUUCCAAUCUAACAUCGGUUAUGGCAAUGCUUUCGCUAUUGCUGGUCUUAGCAGUCAAAAUCCAGGUGUUAUCACAAUUGCAAAUGCUGUGUUCGGAUCUACUCCACCUAUUUCUCCCGAAAUUUUGGCUAAAGCUUUCCAAGUGGACAACAACGUAAUCAACUAUCUCCAAAAGCAGUUUUGGUAUGAUAACAACUAGUUUGACGACAGAGAGCACUCGUCAUUGAAUAAUUCUACUUGUACUUUGAUUUAGUGUUAUGCAUAUGCCUCAUGCAGUUCCCUUUAAUAAUAAAACGCAUGGGGGUUAUAAUUCAUAUGCACUACGUUGUAUUCAUGUUCUGCUGUGAUUUAAUUUAAUUUUAGUGUGUGAUUUUUAAUAAAAAUAAAUCAUGUUUCUUCGUA